AGACACCCAAGAGACACCUCCUCCAAAUCGUCACAAUUGUAUUCCAUCGUUUGAUUGUUUGAAGCAACAAUAUCACCUCAAGUGGACCUUCAAGCAAACCGAAAGGUCACGUGCACCACGCGGUUGACACGGUCUUAGUGCAGUUCGCGUUCUGUUGCCGAUCCUUCACUCUUCACUUUCAGACAUUCCGUAGUCCACAAUGAUGAGACGAUCACAAAGUCUUCGAAAUCAUACAUCCCGUGCAGCCCCCACAGUAGUCGCCGACGACCUUGGUGUUCUGACAGAGACGCCAGAGGAUUCUGGGGAGACCGAUUGGAAGGCACUGUAUCUUCAGGAGAAACGUCUGAAAGAAGAGGCUAUCCGAGAGAGGGAUGAAGGGAAAUCCAAGUAUACCGUUCUGAUGGAGGAAUACCAAGCCCUGAGGAAGGAGAAUAAGAGCAAUGAAAUCCUACUGCAGGGUACACAGAAGGAGAAUAUCAAAUGCAUGUCUGACAUGAAUCGCAUGAACACCCAGCUACAAAAAUAUGAGAGACAACUAGAGCAUCUAGCAGGACCAAAUUGGCGGAUCAACCUGGACCUUCCCAACAUGACCUCUUCACAUGAACAUACAGCCGUUGGUUCGCGUCUCUCCGUCGAUUAUUCCAUUCCAACCAAACGUCCUGCUGCCCCAGAUGACAGUCAGCUCGACCCUGCAAGUCCUGAAGCAGCAAUGGCACAAGUUGAGAAAGUUCGGCUCCUGAUAAUCGGCAUGGAAGAACGAUUGCAGAUGCGAGAAGAGAAGCUCUUGCAGAACAUCAAGAAGGCCGAAGCCGAAGGCACGAAGUUUGAGGAGUUGCGGAAACACGUUAUGACUACUAUGGAUUAAGCGGUUGAAUUUUCUAUCGUCUCGCUCAUUGACACGAUAUCCUUGUUUUGAAUACCUCAGGUACUGUACUAUAGGAAUACCAACGCAUCUUGUACACUGCUCGCAAUAUCAACCAUCGAAUACAUGUAGCCGCCACCACUGUUUUGUCCCGUCUUCAGCCAUUCUCUUCGCGAACUUGGCCCUUAUCUUACGGCAUGCUGUUCCAAGCCAGGCCUUCUCAAUCUUAUUUUCGCGACCCAUUACCCAAGAAAUUUCCGGCCCAAUCCUACUUGCCCUGCCUUUCAAACUACCCCUGAAGAAGUCAGAAGAACUGCGAGUCCAAUUGAAUUCCGAAGUAACACAGGCGAACCCACCCGAUCAUCUCAUCCUACGACCAACACCCACACACGGGUACAGUGUUCAAUCGGCGUAAGUUCUACCGCGGCAGGUAGUGGAAAUUACCCCUCCUGGAGAACAGGAUAGUCAGUUGCGGAUAAAUUAUCUAGGGACCCUUCAAUGAAAACGCCACUCCUCAUGGACGUCCAUGAUGAGCAUUUGCAAUGAGGCAGUUAAUGGGCGGGUCACAUGGUAUAAUCGAGGCAAACAAGGUUCAUUAUUAUCAAACGAUGAGUAGACAAUGCUUCUUAGGGUAUGAAGUGGGCGUAGAGAGCCUUUAGCCUCCAACUCAUUGACAACAAGCACAGUUU